CAGUAAUCACGUUGGAUUAUUCUGGAAUAGAUUCCGAAGCCGAAGUCGAAGCGACGCGCAUGCAUAGCGCACGACGAGUCGCAGAUCGCAAAUAGCGGACGCAAAGCGGAAGUACCGGUCGACGACAAGGACUAGGCUCUCUCCCUUGGUUGAUGACUCUUACCGAGACCAUCAUCGCUGGCGGUUGCCCGAGGCUUGAGGCUUCCCGGAGGAACGAAACUCAAAAAGCGGAUCGGGACAGGAAGAGAGGAAGCGCAACGCGAAAGACGAGCCUGGCACCGCGAAGACGAUUCACGAGAAGGCAGAUAACGGAAUUGCUUUUCGAGAGUUGCACCGACUGUGAAAAAAUGGCUUCCAUUCCGCAGGGUGCUUUCGCAGCGUGGAAAGUUCGCUGUAACGAGGAACUCGCUGUUUCCAUCCCUACGAUGGAUAGAAAAGAGAAGAAGGAAAAUAUAUUCAACCCGAGACCUCCUUUAGAAGGUUGGGAGUUGACACCGCUCAAGUACAAUAGCAAACUAAUGAACAGCAUUUGGGGCCUGUACAAUCGCUAUUCAGUGCACAAUUUUAAGAAGAACACUGACGCCGAGGAGGGGGCCCGCGGUGGGGUGGCCGCGGCGAUCUGGGGCACCAUCUUGGAGAGCCAGCCCCAGGCCGCCAACGUCGCCGCCGCCACCACCGCGGAAGCCCACCAGAUCAUGACCGGGAAUCGCCUCUAAACACGACGCGGCCACGUGACUUCGAAAAAUCAUUCGAAAAUGAUAGUCGGGAAUGAGCGCGAGUUAUGCGCAUAAUUACAAUAUAAAAUGGGGUAAUAAAUAAAAUAAAAAAUAUAUAUGUAUAUAAUUUGUAUAUGCGUAAUUACUAAUAUAUAUAUGGAGAAAACGUGUACACAAAAGAUAUAUUAGUAAUUACCGAAUUAUGUGUAUAUACAAAUUUUAUGAUAGCUCUAAAUGGCCAUUUGGGCACUUUUGCUAUGAGUUUUUGCCUCGAUUACGUUAUUAUCAAGUUAUUUCAAUAUCGUUGUCUAUAAUAUCUUUUUGUUGUGUCGUUCUUAUUGAGUUGUUCGUUUUAUUCAUUUAAAAACCAGAUUUAUAUUAGAAUAAGACAGCUCAAAAUUAACUGUGCUAUUAUUAUUGUAUCGCAAUAAUCGGAAACUUUUAGCAGUAUUUAAAUGUUCCAUUUCGUUUAGAAAUUUUUUUGAGAUCGAUUUAUCCUAAGAUGUUCAAUUUAAAUGUCUCCAAUUUUUUUCGCAUAAUUAUAAAUAUUUGCGUGAAAAAUAUUAGAAUAAUAAAUAUAGUGAUUGAUAAUGAAUUAUGUGAUCGAUUAUGUAUUAUUGUAAUAAAAUAAAUAAUAAAUGAAUAAACUAGAAAUGUCACGCGUA